AUGCCGCCUGUGGUGCGUCCGAGGGAGACCUCCGUCAUCGCCCUCCCGGCCGGCGGCGCCACGAUGCCGGAACCUGGCCGGACAGUCCCGCUGUCUCCCUUCGAUGCGUACUGGGUCACGCUGCCCCCAGUCCGCCGCGUCUUCCUCUUCCCACCCAGCCCACUCCCGUUCACGGACGUGGUCGGCGUCCUCAGGUCAUCCCUCGAGCGGGUGCUCCCGGCCUUCCACCCGUUCGCCGGCGUGCUCACCUACUCGCCGGAGCCCCUCUCCCUGUCAAUCGUCCUCCCGUUGGGGGAGGGCGCUUGCAGCGUCGCGUUCGUCGAGGCCGAGACGGACCUCGAGUUCGACAGGCUCGUCGAGGAGUACGACGAGGAGGCGCUCCGGCAGCUCGCUCCGGACAUCCGCCGGGACGAGCUCCCGGCGCCCGUGAUGGCGGCGCAGAUUGCUCCAAAACAAGAUGCCUCGUCGGAACAAGGCCGCCUUCUCAGCCGACGGACAUUCACGUUCGCGGCGACCGCUGUGCGGCGCCUCAAGCAGCGUCUGGCCGCCGCCGCGAACACCGGCACAGUGCCGUCCACGUUCGCCACGAUGACGGCGCACGGGUGGGUGUCCAUCGCGCGGGCCAGGGGCUUCACCGACGACACCCCAGUAUUCGCCGCCUUCCUCGCCGACUCUCGGGCCCAUAUGUCGCCGCCGGUGCCGGCCGCAUAUAUUGGCAACUGUGUCGCGCUCUGCACCACCUCGCUGAGCGGGUCGGAGCUCGCAGGGCCGAACGGGCCGGCCAUGGCGCUCCACGCCAUACAGGAGGCCGUCGCGGAGGUGAAGCGUGACCCGCUCGCUGACCGUGCUCGGUGGUGCACCAAGUUCGCGGCCAUCCCACCGGGCCGCGCGGUCAUUCUGGUGGGGUCGCCGUGGUUCCCGGCGUACGGAGUGGACUUUGGGUUCGGGAGGCCGGCGAGGGUUGAGCUGGCGUCCAUGAACCACGACGGUGAGAUGGCGCUCGUCGCCGGGAGGGAGCCAGGCUCGGUGCAGGUGUCAGUGGCCAUUGCUGCGGAAAAGAUGCCAGCGUUCCGUGGUAUGUUUGAACUGGAGUGUGACCGUGCGUCGGCGAUGCCAGUGUCUGAAUCAGAGUCUACAAAGCGUUCCUGGUCACAGGCUUUUGAUGAGAAUCUGGUUUUCAAGGCAAAGAAGGUGAGGGAGAAGAAGAAGAAGAGAGAUGUGCCACUUGUUGAUCUGUCCACCAAACGCUGUACUAGGAGCGCUACAUUGAAGGAAGGAUACCGUGUGCCACCAAUUGCUAAUUUGGUGCCUAAGCCCAGGAAGCGUGCUAGGAAGGCAGUCCCUGCAACUCGAGGAGCUACUCUAGCUCAUGAUCAAGGCAAUUCUGGUUCAGAUACCGCAGACAAGGACUCAGUUACUCCUCCAAUUCCCGUGGCUACUUUGCAGCACAUUGGAGAAAUGUUGGGUAUAGACGCACAGCUGCUCUCCGCUGACAAGCUUACGGCCAAGUCAGGAUCUAAAGGUUCACAGAGUGGCUAG